AUGACGAUGGAAAGAGAAGUGCUGGACUCGCACGUCGUUUUGGACGUGAAAUAUUGCGGCGUACUUUAUAUCAUAAAUCGUUUGAGGCGAGACUUUGACGAAGAAAUUCGUAUUCUGAGCCGGGCGCGCGUAACGCGCGCGGACGAGAGAGAUCAAACGCGCGGCGUUCGUGCAAGCGAUAAAUAUUUUUUUUUGUAUCUACAACGAGGACUCUUGGAAGCCACUGACAAAAAAAACUUCUUCUUCUUCUUCUUCUUCUUCUUCUUCUUCUCUCUUUACGACAACCAGAUAUGCCACACAGAUUUGCAUUUCAUCGCGCACGACGUCGGGCAGCACUCGUACCCGUUAGUACCGGGUCAUGAAAUCAUCGGCGUGGUGAUAAAAGUCGGUUCGAAAGCGACCGAUUUUAAAAUCGGCGAUAUCGUCGGCGUCGGCUGUAUGGUCGAGUCGUGUCUGUCGUGCUCGGCGUGCGCGAACGACGAAGAGCAGUAUUGUAAAAAUACGCCGACUUGGACGUACGGUGCUGAUACGCGACACUCAUUACACGGUAAGAAUCAAGUUCAAACUAUAGGUGGUUACUCGGAUAAGUUCGUCGUGGACCAUCGAUUCGCCGUGAAGUUCCCCUUCGCGAAGGAGGAUUUCGAAAGCGAAGGCGAGUUCAACGAGGUUUUAGCAAAGUGCGCGCCGUUGCUUUGCGCCGGGAUUACGAUGUAUUCGCCGUGUAAAAAGUACAUCGAUAUGGUGAGAAAAACUCGAGAAACGCCCGUGAAAGUAGGCGUGAGAGGACUCGGAGGACUUGGACAAAUGGGUAUCAAGAUUUUAUCGACGAUGAACGUCGAGGUGUUCGCCAUCUCGCACAGUCCAAAGAAAGAAGAGGAAGCGAAAAGAAUCGGCGCGAACCAUUUCGUCUUGUCCUCUUCCGUCACCGCCAUGAACAAAUUAAAACGAGAUCACGCGCUCGACAUAAUUCUGGAUACCGUAGGCGCUCUUCCUUCGGAGGAAGACGCGUCCCCGUCUACUCCGGAAGGAGGCAGCCCGACUUCCAGAGAGGAUAAACGCGAUAAAACUCCUUCGCCGCAAGAGUUUUACGACGUCGCCGCAGACGCGCUCGCAACGCACGGACAUUACGUCUUGAUCGGUUUAAACACGAAACCAGUCGCAAUCACCGGAACUAAAUUCAUCUGGAACGACAUCUCUUUACACGGUUCCUUAAUCGGCGGCGUGAAACAAACCAAAGAAACGGUUGAUUUCUGUUGGAAACAUAAAAUCUUCCCGGACGUGAAUAUCAUCUCCGUCCGCGACAUUCCAAACGUCCUGCAAUUGUUAGAGAAAGGGAACGACUCCACGAAGCGAUACGUCAUCGACGCGUCCACGUUUGAAUAA